GGCCCAUGUUCCAGGAUAUGGGUCUGGACUCCUGGGUGCUGUCCAGGCAUCACUUCCUACCACUGCAACAGCUCCUGGUGCCCACAAUCAGCAUUGGCUGGCUUCUUCCCUUCCCACGGUGGUAUCUGGGGCUCCUGCUGUCACCUCGGGGACACAGACUGAGUGGCCUUCUCCCCCUGCACAGCCAAUGUCCACUGGAGCGUCCCCAGCACGGCCCAGGGCUCCCAGCCCCGCAGGUCCCACCGUGACUGGGAUGAGCUCCACAGCCACUGGUGUCAUCCCAGAGCUUGGACAGACGUUUGUGAUGGAAGAAUCCAGGCACAGCGAGCCCAGGACAGCAUCAGUGGGAGCCAUUCCCACUGCAGCAGCACCUCCCGGGCCCAGCCCUGCCAGCCCAGGCUCUGUGCCUCCCCCCUGCUCCACAAAGCCGGCUGUGCAGCGUGGCUCUGAGCCUGGGCACCGCACUGCCACCCGCAGCAGCGUGACAUCUCCAUGCUGCCUGCCGACUUCUCCCGGCGCUGGGCACGUGGCCAGCUCCCUGCUCAGCUCCCAGACCCUGGCUAUGCCCACAGCAGUGACCCUCGAUGCCCACGUCAUGUCCAGUGGCUCCAGCACUUCCCAGCACUCCUCCACAGCCACGGAGCAUCUCCCUGCAGCCACCAGAGCGGCCUCCAGCCCAGCUGAGCCGAUGAGCAAGGGCAGACCUGGCUCCACAGGGAUGAAACCCCCUGCAUCCCACCCCUCCAGCCUCCCCCUGCCCGCACAGCCUGUGCACGUGCUGCCCUUGCAAUUCCGGCUGCUGGGCAUCGCUUACGCCCCGGCUCUGGGCAGCAGGAAUUCGGAGAGCUACCGGCAGCUGGAGGGAGAUGUGAGACUGAUGCUCAACCAGAUGCUGUCCAGCUACAAGAGCUUCCUGCAGGCAAAUGUCCUUGAGUUCAUGUGAGUGUGCAGCUGCUGUGGAGGGCUGGGUUGUGAAGAAGCAGUGGCCUGAGGUAGCCACCCUGGU